GAAAAAGAACGUAAAAGAAAAACAAAUCUCUUGAGAGAGAAUGUGGCGGGUACCUCCGGUAGUGCAUUUUUAGAGGGGAAAAGAAGAGAGCAUAAACUUAACAGAAAACAAAAACCCUAGGGUUUAUGAUUCGGACCGUUUGAAUUCAAAGCAUUUCUAGACAUCUUCCAAUUGUGGCGAGCGAAGAUGUCUGACAACAAAGCUUUUUCCAUGGCCUCUGUUUUCAGUUCAUUGUCAGAAAGCUUCCGGAGAGUGCCUCCAAUGGCAGUUCCAGCUAUUUUAGAUUGCCUUUUUGCUUCUACUGGGUUAUCCCCAUCUGAGCUUUUCGAUUCGCUUCUCGAGACUUUUCCCAAAAACAUUGAUGAUGCUGCCAUGAAGGAGGGGAAGUUUGAUGCUGAUCAAUGUAAUUACAUCACAUCUUUGGUAUGCGCGCUGUGCCACAUACUAAAAAAAAAUGGUGCUAAUCCUGAUGCUUUGAAGUCAUUUAUAUGGAAAAGUUUUGUUCCUUUGAUAAAUAAGGCAGCUACAUUGAAUCGGGAAAUGCUAAACCAGGUCUCUGAAUCAUUCAUUGAUGUUGUAAGUGAGACGAACUCAUGGCCUAUUGUCGAAGCAACCCUAGUUCCAUUUUGUAUAAGUUCAGCUCUUUAUUCCACGAGCGUGCAGCAAAAUGUUGAGUUGGACACCUUUGAGGGUGACGGAUGUUCUGUCAUUUUGGGCUCAAAUUUCCCUGUGCACGAACCUAGAAUGGAUAAUCAGAUGACGAAAGGCUAUCGAUUCCUUCAAUUACCACUAGCAUGCCAUGUUUUGUCUAUAAUGUUAGAUGCUGUCUUUUGUAAUACACAAGCACCACAAACAUCAGGCGUAGUGGUGUCAAAUGGGUACCAAAAAGCUGAAGAGUUUACUGUUAAACUAAUUUGGGAUAUUUGCAAUUUAUCUGCCCAAAUGCUUUUACAAAGCUCGGAUCAUCGAUCUUGUGCCAUUUGCUAUCUUCUUCCAGUAAUCUUUGAAGCACUUCUUUCUCACCAUUCUUUAGAGAUCUCCAUUAAAGGCCAUGCAUGUAAUCUCUCCAGGAACCGUUUCCUCAUGAAAAUAUGGAAAUGUUGCAAAAAACUAUUUUCAUUUGGAACUUUGGAGAGAAGAGAUGCCUAUAGGAUUUUGUCUCUUUAUUUAUGUUUUUUCCCUCACAAUGAAGAGCUUGGAGGUGCUGGAAUGUGUGAUGACGGAGAAGAAUUUGACAUAAGGGCUGAUAAAGAUUUUUGGGAUGAAAUUAAAAGAGGCUUGGUGGAUAAGGAGAGCUCGGUGAGGAAGCAAUCACUAUAUAUAUUGAAGAAAGCACUAUCUAUAAAUGGAAGAGGCAACACAUCUAUGGUUCCAAAGACAAUUUCACGUGGAAAAGACAAUAAUGUUCGAGGUAUUACCAAAAGGGAAAGAUGGGCCAAUAAGGAAGCAAAUUCACUGGGUGUAGGGCAAAUUUGCAGCCAACAUGAAAUUGUAACAAAUAGCCGGCAGCAACAGUGGGAAGCAUUCAUACUUCUUUAUGAAAUGCUUGAAGAAUAUGGUUCACACUUGGUUGAAGCUGCUUGGUGUCACCAGAUAUCCUUCUUACUACAAGAUCCGGCCUCUACUAAUAUGGACAGCUUCAGUAGUGGCGUUCAUCAGAACCAAAUUGAAAUGUCUGGGGAAAUCUUUAGUUGGUUAUCAAUCUUGUGGGUUCGGGGAUUCCACCAUGAUAAUCCUUUAGUUAGAUGCUUGAUCAUGCAGUCCUUCUUGGCCAUUGAGUGGAGGGAAAAAGUUCCUUGUUUAAAGUCAGUGCCAGAAACUUUUAUUAUUGGACCUUUCAUUGAAGCACUCAAUGAUCCUGUGCAGCACAAAGAUUUCGGUUUAAAAGGAGUUUACUCAUCCAAGACAGUUGAAGGUGCAGCCCGUUUUAUAUGUCAAUAUGCAAACAUUCUUGAUGGAAGGACAAGACGUGUGUUUUUGCAUCAGCUCACAUCUUUGGCUAGGAAGAAAUCAUUUGGUCGAGUUGGGUUGAUCAGCCUAUCUGAAUGCAUUGCUUCAGCUGCUUCAAUAGUUGAAUUUGACUACAAUAGUGAAGGAGAGUGCUUUAAUGGUUCUUCACUAUCAGCCCAGGGGGAUUUCACAACUUAUUCUCUGGAGUGCAAACUGGAAUUGCUGGAUGAUCUGAGAUUUGUGGUUGAGAGCAGCAAACAACACUUCAAUCCUAGUUAUCGCCUUCAAGUUUGUGCCAAAGCUCUGGAGGCUGCUGCUUCGGUCUUGUGUACAUCAAACUUAGCGCUUGAGGUUGUUCUGCAUUUUAUUUCAGCAAUACCACGAGAGGCUACUGACUAUGGAGGUUGCUUAAGGAGGAAAAUGCAAAAUUGGCUGUUAGGGUGUGGUAAGAAGUGCUGCAGUGGCAGUUGCUGCAGUACCGAGACAAAGUUUAUGAAGAGCCUUAUUGAGUUCCCUAAAAGAUUUGUGAAUCAUAAUCAUUCAUCCGAUGCUUCUGUUACUUACGAUGAUGAAGAAUUGGUAGCAUGGGAAUGUGAGGCAAAACGAUGGGCAAGAGUGGUUUUUCUUGCAGUCAAGGAGGAACAUCAAUUAACACCUAUACUGACGUUUGUUCACAACCAUGGUGUAAAUAUUUGCAAACAGAAGAGUGAUUUGGAAGGUAUACGCGUGAAGUUCCUAAUACUUAUCAUGACUUUGGUUCAAGAACUUCAAUUAGUUCAGCAGAAAAUUGGUCACUGCAACUACAAAUGUGACUCGGAUGAGCUUACCGUGUCUCAGCCAAGUGACAAUUGGAGCUAUGCAGGAUCAACUAUUUUUAGCCAGAAAAUAGCCAACCUUCUUCCAUUACUACAGGUAGAAUUGGUUUCUUUUGCUACCGUGUCUUGUUCCAUAUUCUGGUCCAACGUCAAGUCAGAUGAGACAGUAUUACCAGGUUCUGUGAAAGGGAAACUUGGGGGCCCCAGUCAACGCCGGUUGCCAUCCUCUGUUGCUACUUUGGUUCUGCUAGCUGUAACAUCAACGAAGGCUGUAGCAUCUGUCUUGUCAUGUUGCAGACAGUUUCAAAUCCUUUGUUCAAGUAAUCCUGGUGUCGAUUUUUUACUGACGUUUUUGUUGAAGACUGUUUCAUCUCCAGCUUAUCACUCAGAGAGUGGAGCAGAAAUAUGUCUUGCAACAUAUGAAGCGCUAGCCUCUGUUCUCCAAGUGCUCGUGUCAGAGUUUUCUUCUGAAGCUCUAAGAUUUAUACGGGAUGAGACUACACUACGUCAUCCAGGAGUAGAAGGAAGGCCAAUGUUGGACUCUCUUAUUCUAACUUUACAUCAGCAUGUAAAUGGUAUACUUGAUGCGGGAGUUUUAGUUCGAACUAGAAGGGCAGUUCUACUGAAGUGGAAGUGGCUUUGCCUAGAGUCUCUUUUAUCAAUUCUCUAUUGCGCUCUUCAAAAUGGAAUCAGUUUAGUGGAUAAUAACGUUUUUUUAUCAGAAGCAACUCUUCUACAGAUAUUCAGUGAUCUUGUUGAGAGCCUCGAGAAUGCUGGAGAAUGCUCUGUUUUGCCCAUGCUGAGAUUGGUUAGAUUGACCUUGUGUCUAUUUUACAAGGGAAAGUCUGGUCUGCUUGUUACAUCGUGUAAUGGCAUGAAUUCAGAGAUGAUGUGGCGUUUGGUGCGUUCCUCUUGGAUAUUGCAUGUCAGCUGCAACAAGCGAAGGGUUGCCCAUAUUGCUGCGCUUCUAUCUUCUGUUUUGCAUUCUUCUACGUUUUCUGAAAGCAGUAUGCAUUUAAGUGAUGGUGGACCAGGACCUCUGAAAUGGUUUAUAGAAAAAAUUCUUGAAGAAGGCACCAAAAGUCCUCGAACAUUUCGUCUGGCCGCAUUACAUUUGACUGGCAUGUGGCUUAGUCAUCCAUGGACCAUAAAGUAUUAUCUUAAAGAACUGAAACUGCUAUCACUAUAUGGUUCUAUUGCUUUUGAUGAAGAUUUUGAAGCGGAAUUAACUGAUAAUGAUACACGGACUGAAGUAUCAUUAUUGGCAGAAAGUCCAGACCCUGAGCUCACUGAAGUGUUUAUCAAUACAGAAUUGUAUGCACGUGUAUCAGUUGCUGUUCUGUUUCAUAAACUUGCUGACUUGGCUGACAUGGCUGGAUUGUCUAAUGAAUAUGGGAGUUGCCAUGAUGCUGUGGAAUCUGGAAAAUUGUUUCUGCUUGAGCUCCUUGAUUCUGUGGUAAACAGCAAUGACCUAGCAAAGGAAUUGUAUAAAAAGCACAGUGCUAUCCAUAGACGCAAAAUACGUGCUUGGCAAAUGAUAUGUAUUCUAUCCAAGUUUGUCUGCCAAGAUAUAGUUCAGCAAGUUACUAAUAGCUUGCAUGUCUCCCUCUCUAGAAAUAACCUACCUUCAGUUCGUCAAUACUUGGAAACAUUUGCAAUCAGCAUUUACUUGAAGUUUCCAACAUUGGUUAAGGAGCAAUUGGUUCCUAUACUACAAGAUUACAAUAUGAGGCCUCAGGUGCUCUCUUCUUAUGUAUUUAUAGCUACAAAUGUUAUCCUCCAUGCAACUAAAGCAGUUCAGUCCAGCCAUUUGGAUGAGUUGCUUCCUCCUCUUGUUCCACAACUAACCUCUCAUCACCACAGUUUACGAGGUUUUACUCAGUUACUGGUGUACCAUGUUCUUUGUAAAUUUUUUCCAGCAGUGCAAUUCAGACCCCACAGGAAUAUGCCUUUAGAGAGAAGAUGUUUUGAAGAUUUGAAAUCAUACCUUGAGAAAAAUCCCGAUUGUGUCAGAUUACGGGCAUCAAUGGAAGGAUAUCUUCAUGCCUAUAAUCCUGCACUAUCUGUCACACCAUCUGGAAUUUUCUCAAGCAGAGUUAAGGACCUUGAGUUCGAGUGUGUCCCAACAUCUCUCAUGGAGCAAGUUCUGAAUUUUCUGAAUGAUGUCAGAGAAGAUCUUCGGUGUUCAAUGGCAAAUGAUCUGACAGCUAUUAAAAAUGAGAGCUUUAAAACUAUUGAAGAUCACAACCUUAUGGGUAUAUCAUCUGACAUAAAUGAAGAAAAAUCUACUUCCAUACUGCCUGUAGCAACUUCUUUGGAUUUUCAGAAAAAGGUCACUCUCUCAAAACAUGAGAAGAAAGACACUGAGAAUAGUUCCUACUUGGGCAGCAAAGAAGCUUACAAGUUCCUUUAUGAAAUGGAGGGGGAGGAUCAGCUUCUUAACCAGCUACUGCAUUCCAGAAGUUUGUCAAUGGAAGAUUUAAAAACAAAUCGACAAAACUUUAUCCUUGUAGCAUCUCUGCUUGAUCGCAUACCGAAUUUGGCUGGUUUGGCUAGGACUUGUGAGGUUUUUAAGGCUGCAGGAUUGGCUAUUGCAGACUUGAAUAUUCUAAAUGACAAACAAUUUCAACUCAUCAGUGUUACAGCAGAGAAGUGGGUGCCAAUUGUUGAAGUCCCAGUGAACAGUAUGAAGCUUUUCCUAGAGAAAAAGAAACGAGAAGGCUUCUCUAUUUUGGGUUUGGAACAAACGGCUAAUAGUGUGCCUCUUGAUCAGUAUGCAUUUCCCAAGAAGACAGUAUUGGUCCUUGGACGUGAAAAGGAGGGUAUACCCGUUGACAUAAUCCAUAUACUUGAUGCAUGCGUUGAGAUCCCUCAAUUGGGAGUUGUCAGAUCUCUUAAUGUUCACGUUAGUGGUGCCAUUGCACUCUGGGAAUAUACUCGACAACAGAGACACCUCUCAUGACAUUUCCAAUUACUUUUGGUGGAAAGUUUCAAACAUUAAGGUUCACUUGCUAAAUUUUCAGGUUGAGUAAUUUAUCAUCUAGGACAACUGUCAUAUUUUGGCUGUGUAAAGAAAUCAGAAAUGGAUUUCAUAUGGGAAGGAUGGUGGUACAGUAACAAGUCAAUCAUAAUUUGUAUGAAAGAGUCAUUGUAUUGUUGUCAAAUUACGAGUUCACUUGUAGAAAUUUUGUAUGCAUUAGAGUUUUUCAAGCAACUCAAUCAGUGCCAUUUAUUUUUCAUACAGCAAAUGUUAUUUUUCUAAUCUCA